AGUUCCUUGUUUGAUUGUGAGUGGCUGCAUGUUAACCAUAACAGUUCUUUAUUAUAUAAGGUGCAAACAAAAGUGUACGUACUUUUGGUUGUAUAAAGGGAAAUGUGUUUUCAUUUCUAUUCCCUUGUAAGACCUUGUAAGUUCAUUUCUGAUGAUGCAUAGUUAUGGUACAAUAACUAAAGACAUUUAGAUAGCGAAAAGUUUUAAGCUAGAGUUUGUGUCUCUAUCUCUGUAAACAAUACUUGAGCACGGCUGUGUUGCAAUUAUUGCAGUGCUUUUAUUAUUUUCUGAUUUUUCUUUAUCGUUACUUUAUCACACCUUGCUGCCUUUUAAAUGCACUUAAGUUUUACAAUGGUAUACUAUACGAUAAAUACCUGAAGCUUUCCUGAGUGACCUACUUCUGAAACUAAGUCAUGGGGUGUGAUGAAUCCAAACCCAAGAUGGACACAUCGGAGUCGAUGUUCUCCGAUAUUAAAGGAAGGAGCGAGGAAAACGGGGACAAACCACGUGGGAAAAACUACUACACCAACCCCCCAGUUAAUCUACCACAGCCUGGGGAGAACUCUGAUGCUGAGGGAGGCAGUGGCGGAGGGAAACGUGUUUUCGCGCUCUAUGACUAUGAUGCCCGAACACAAGAUGACCUCACAUUCCGGAAAGGCGACGUUCUCGAACUUAUAGAGUGCAGAACUGAAGACAAUGAGGACUGGUGCUUCGCGCGACAUAUAUAUCCAAAAUAUAACAAUCUCCAGAAGGAGGGUUACGUGCCACGGACCUAUGUUGCAUUGGAGGAAAGUCUAGAGUCACAUGACUGGUUUUUCGGACGGGUGACACGUAAGGAGGCAGAGAGAAACUUGUUGACGAAGGACAACCCUGUUGGAGCUUUCCUUGUACGGGAGAGCGAGAGUUGUCCGGGGAGCUAUGCGUUGUCCAUUCGAGACUAUGACCAAAACAUGGCCAAUCCGGAUUGCGCCAAACAUUACAAGCUUCGCAACAUGGAUGAAGGCGGAGUGUACAUUGUCAAAAGACGACAGUUCAAGAGUAUGAUGGAACUUGUGGACCACUAUAAAGUGCAAGCGGAUGGUAUAUGCGGGUCACUGGUAGCACCGUGUUCUCGAGCUGCCCCGGUAAUGGUCGAUUUGAGUCGGGACACUAAGGACGCGUGGGAGAUUGACAGGAACUCGCUCCAGCUGUCACAGAGGCUUGGAGCUGGUCAGUUCGGUGAGGUCUGGAAAGGAAUAUGGAACAACACAACAGAUGUCGCUAUAAAAACUCUAAAGGCAGGCACAAUGAAAAAGGAGGCCUUUCUUGCCGAGGCCCAGAUUAUGAAGCAGUGUCGCCAUGACAAACUUGUGCGUCUGUACGCCAUUUGCUCGAAGGAGGAGCCGAUUUACAUUGUGACUGAGCUCCUCAAUGACAGUCUGCUAAACUACCUGCGGGAAGGAGAAGGACGAUACAUAGAAUUCCCCGAUAUGGUGGACUACGCAGAACAGAUUGCUGCAGGAAUGUCUUAUCUGGAAAGGAAUAAGCUUAUCCAUAGAGAUUUAGCAGCAAGAAAUGUCCUUGUUGGUGCAAAUGGUAUUUGCAAAAUUGCCGACUUUGGUCUUGCGCGGAUAAUUGAGGAUGACGAAUACAAUCCUAAACAUGGAUUUAAGUUCCCGGUCAAGUGGACGGCCCCAGAGGCGGCUAAUUACAUGCGUUUCACGAUAAAGUCAGACGUGUGGUCAUACGGCAUUCUGCUCACGGAAAUUACAACACAUGGACAAGUACCAUACCCAGGCAUGACUAACAAAGAAGUUCUACAACACAUCGCCUACGGCUACCGCAUGCCUAAACCGCUGGAAUGCUCCGACGCCAUGUACGAAAUAAUGCUCAAGUGCUGGGAUAAACGUGAGGAAAAUCGACCAACUUUUGAAUUCAUGGAGUGCUUCUUCGAUGACUAUUUUGCCAAUACAGAACUCGAAAUAUAAUAAGAAAUCAGUUGAAUAAUCAGAUAUGUGACUGAUAUUGCUUCACACAAUUUGAACAGUUAUUAUUAAAUUUAUGCAGCAUGUUACGAUGUAAUCUCAAUUUGGUUCAGUGCGUUAUUUUAUUGCUGGCUAUUUUGACUAUGCUUUUUGGAGCAAAAAUAAUUAUUUAUGUCGGGAAUAUUUAACAUAUAUGAAAUUAUUUUUUGGGGGCCGAAAGGUAGAAAUAUUAGACGACCGUUCCCGCGAUUUAAAUUCUAACAAUGAAUGUGAGCGCCAAAUAAAAGAAAUCAAGCGUAGAAUUACAGAAAAAGGAUAAUUAAGAUUUAACAAUAUUUUUUGUACCUAUUGUGAUUACAAUAGAUGGAUUUGCCAUGAAAUAAAUCUCAACUCUAUAUUCAAUGUCUUAUAUAGAAAAGUUUGAAAUUAUGUAAAUAAAUGUAGCAUGUUUAAUCUAAAAUGAAGUAUUUUUAUCAUUUUAGCCAGAUUUGAAAAAAGAGGCAGGUCGGUGCAGAAAAGGGACAGGGUGCUAAUGCAUUGUAUAUUUGUGUUAAGGACUUACAUAUUAUAAAUAUGACAAAAUUUGUUAGAAAAGUGUUUUAUUAAAGUAGUUUUAGGUUUGUUUGUAUUUAUAAUCAUAUAGUUAGCUUAAAAAAACAAAUGCAAUAUUUGGUUAUCUAUAGCAUUUAUUUCUAAGAAGCAGAAAAGUAUACAUGCUGGUCUCCAUUGGGGAAAGGUAGUGCUACCAAAAAGGGCAGGGUGCAACACUCUUCAAUAAAUAAUUAAGCUUAAAGACUGCAUUUGCUAGGAUUUAGUUGUCCAUAAAUUGUCUAAGAAAUAGUUAGCAAUGUAUACAAAAUAAUCAUGAUGUUUGACAGCAGUUUUACGUUUGAUUUUUGAUUUACUGAUAAGCAGUUAUAAGUAAAAAUGUUUUCAUUUGCAUGUGCUGUAUGCUAAGGAACUUACAAUGAACAUUUCUAAUGGAUUCUUUCUCUUUCACAAAGUACCCAUUACAACAUGCAAGUGUUCAUUUAUAUAUUGUUGCAUUUCUCUAAUAUUGAUGCAUUCCAUGUUUUCAAUUGUACAUAUAGAUAUACUCUUUUCUUUUUAUAUAUCAUUAACAAAUCUAUGCAAAUCCAUGUACAGUUGUAUUUUAUUUUAGAAAA